CGCGCCGCUGUGUCAUACCUGGUAUCUCUCUGUUCAUCUUGGAAAAACAUCAUCUCACUGACGAGAUCCGUACAUAUUCACAGCAGAAUUUUACUGGAUGUAAAGAGCGAACGGUACACAUUUCGGUCGAGAACAGCAAACAUCACUGUACAGCAAAUAUUGCGGACAGCAGUGGUCCUCAAGGUCAAGCUAAGAUGGUCCGGCUGACGCGCUGUUUCUCCAGACGCAGGUGGAACGUCGUCUUACUGCUCGCGCUGUCCGCCAUCUUGAUUCUCCGUCUCCUUCAUCAGAGAAGUGAGAAACGUCUACUGAAGAGUCAAGGCCUGAAGGGGCCAGACUUUCCAGAUCAAAACAAUACUUCGUGGGCAGAGAGAAAGAUUGAUUCAUUCAAAACAAUCAUGUCGGCGUUUCAGGAUGACCAAUCUAGCGAGGAAGAGGAUGACAUUCUGGAAACAACCCCGCCAUCAAAUGAAACCAAUGAAGAAGAAGAAGAGUCCGACUUUUUCGGAGAUGAGUGGAUGGGUAUGCUUGACAACGUGCUGGUGGGAGGGAGAUGGGCUCCCGACGCAAAAGCGGGAGGCAGUUCGGAGAAAAUCGCCAUCGUGGUCCCGUACAGAAGCAGAAGGGAUCACCUGAAGAUGUUUCUCUUCUACAUGCACCCCUUUCUGCAGCGGCAAGGUAGACACUACGGCAUCUACGUCGUGGGCCAGCGCGGCGUGGAGCACAGGUUCUGUAAGGGCAUCCUCUACAAUAUGGGUUUCAUAUCGGUGUUGAAAGAUGACAGCUAUGAUUGUAUCAUUUUCCACGACGUCGACCUCAUACCUGAAGACUACAGGAAUGAGUACACUUGCGGGGACACCCCCAGGCAUCUGUCCGUGGCCGUGGACACCUUCAACUACACGCUGCCGCACGAGAAAAUCUUCGGCGGAGUCGUGGCCAUGACGCCGGCCCAGUACCGACUGCUGAACGGUUACUCCAACCGGUUCUGCGGCUGGGGAGGGGAGGAUGACGACAUGUACAAUCGGCUGGUCAAGCACAAGCUCCAGGUCUCGCGCCCCGAGAAAGACGUGGGGAGGUACACGAUGUUUGAACACCGGGGCACGCCUGAGAACAAGAACCGGUUCUCUCUCCUCGAGACCUCCGACUUGAGGGCCAACAAGGACGGUCUGAACAGUGUGGGGAAAACCAGGGCUAAGAUAACCUCCAUGUCUCGUCAACCGUUGUUCACUCACAUCGUAGUUAGCGUGGCGAAGCAAAGGCGUUGGAAACACUAGGCUUUUUCUAUAACAUUAUAAACACAAUA